CCGAUGACUCCGCUUUACCCCUAUCUAGUUCUCUUUCUUUUCGUCUCCCUUCGCCUCGUACCCCUCUCUCUCUCUCUCUCUCUCUCUCUCUCUCUCUCUCUCCGACGACAACGACGACGACGCGCACGACCCACUGACGCCGCCGCAUUCUCUUCCAUUGCCGGAGUCGUCAUCAUCAUCACCAUCGCCUCUUCUCCAUAACUUUCGUCUCCUUGCGCCUUCGACGAUCCUUUUGUUGUCAUUUCCCCUACGCGAAAAAGUGGCAUGGAGACAAAAGCUGGACAAAAUGGUACAGAUUUACCCAAAGCAGAAAUAGACACAAGAGCACCUUUUAAAUCUGUCAAAGCUGCUGUCAGCCUAUUUGGUGAGGUAGCAUUUACAUCUGAUAGAUCUACUGUGAGAAAGCCAAAGCCUCCGCCCCCUGAGAGUGGUUUACCUAAGGAGACACAGCUUCACUUGGCUAAGAAGGAGCUUAAUAAGUACAGAGAACAGCUUGACAAUGCUGCAAAAACUAGGACCCAUGCGCUUGUUGAGUUAGAGAGGGUGAGAAGAACUUUUGAAGAAUUGACAAACAAGCUCAAUGCUGUAAAUGAAUCGAAGGAACUGGCUCUAAAAGCGACUGACGUUGCAAAAGCUCAGACCAAGAAUCUUGAAGACGUGAACUCUGUCGUGAAUAAUGGUCAUGAUGGUGGCUGGGAACAGGAAUUCAACAAUGCAAAGGAGCAGUAUGCGAUUGUCGUUGUGGAGCUUAAUGCAGCAAAACAAGAACUCAGGCGGAUCAGGAAGGAUUUUGAGGCAUCAGCGGAAGCAAAGCUCACCGCCAUUUAUCAAGAAGCCAAAGCGAAGCAGCUUCUUGAUGCCUGCAAUGAGAAUGUUGCUCAGCUUUCUAUGGAGAUUAGAACUUCUCAGGAAUCACUUGCGGAUGUAAAGCUUGUCACAGAGCAAGCCCAGCAGGAAGAAUCAAAGAUUCGCUCUGAGAAAGACUCUUCCAAACAGGCCUGCAAACAAGCGCUAGAAGAAACUGAGAGGAAAAUGGCAUCUCUGAAGAAAGAAUCUGAUCCUCAAGUUCUUAGGAACCUCGAGGCCAAGCUGGCCGAAACGGCUUCUGAGAUUGGAGCUGUGAAGAAGGAAAUGGAAGUUGCCCGUGCUUCAGAUUUGGAGCUUUUUACGGCCAUGGGCGCUGAGCUUGAUGGUGCUAAAGGGAUGCUGCAGAAACUGGCUGAAGAAGAGAGUUGGUUCAGGAGUUUGGUGGACUCCCUUAAGCUGGAGUUGGGAGCUGUAAAGAAUGAGCGCGCAGAGCUCAAAGAGAAGGAUGCAGAAACUGGAUUUGUUGUCAGUAACCUUAACCUCAAAAUUCAGAAAUGCAAAGCUGAGCUCGAGGCCGCCAUGGCUGCAGACUCGAAGGCAACUUCAGCAUCGGAUGACCUAGUGUCAGCUCCCCAGCAGCUGUCAUCUGCAGAAAAGAAGAAAAGUGGCGAAGAGCUAAGAGAUGAAGCAGAAAAGAAGCUGCAGGGAGCCCCGACGGAUGCUGAUGUUGCUGUAGCAUCAGAGACUAACGUAACAAUCUCAAAAGAAGAGUACGAGUCAUUGACAUGCAAGGUGGAGGAGUCUGAAAGGUUGAUGGAGAGCAAGGUUGCUGCUGCAAUGGCACAGGUGGAAGAGCUAAGAGAUGAAGCAGCAAAGAAGCUGCAGGGAGCCCCGACGGAUGCUGAUGUUGCUGUAGCAUCAGAGGCUAACGUAACAAUCUCAAAAGAAGAGUACGAGUCAUUGAUAUGCAAGGUGGAGGAGUCUGAAAGGUUGAUGGAGAGGAAGGUUGCUGCUGCAAUGGCACAGGUGGAAGUCGUGAGAGCCAGUGAAAAUGAGGUAAGCAAGAAACUUGAGGCAGCUCAGAAGGAGAUGGAGGAGAUAGAGGCAGCAACGAAGGUGGCACUGAAGCGGGCAGAAAUGGCUGAGGCUGCAAAGAAUGCAGUGGAAGGAGAGCUUAGGAGGUGGCGAGAUAAGGCACAGCAAAGGGCUGGUGAGACACACCAGUCAGCAGGAGCAUUGCCACCGAGGCCCACAGUUCAUAAUGUGAAGCCGGGAGAGAAGAGUGAAGAGCACCGAAAGGUUCUUAAAGCAAUGGCUUCGAGGAAGACAUUCCUGUCCAACCUCAGCGGUAUACUUCACAGGAAGAAGAGCUCCGUCGAUGGUGGUGGUUCCCCAUCUCAUCCCCCAGGCGAGAAGCCUCUGUGAUCGUGUGCUCUGCUUCUCAUUUUGAAACUGCGGAAAUCAUGCGCAGGCUUUUCUUUUUGUUUGGUGACUUGGAGGUGUUCCUCCGUGGGGUAUGAGUCCCUAACACGGUCGUGUCCCAAUCUGUGUUGCUGCAAGCAGU